UGGAUAUGAACACCACCUUUCAAUGCUGCACAAUAUUACAAAUUAUAUAUUGUACCAUAUUCCAGUGAUAGUCAAAUCUCCAUGGCUCUUCAAAUUCUCAACUUCUUCACCCUUUUUGCUAUUUUUAUGUUCAUGAUCAUUGCAUUAAAAAUUAAGAAUCAUUGUAAAAAAUAUGAUUCAAAUACUAAAAAAAUACCCCCGGGGCCAUGGAAGUUACCAAUUAUAGGCAAUAUUCACAAUCUUGUUACAACAAACCCACCUAGAAAAUUAAGAGAUUUAGCAAAAAUUUAUGGACCCUUGAUGCAUCUCCAACUUGGCGAGAUCUUCUUCGUAGUUGUUUCAUCACCAGAAAUUGCUAGGGAGGUCCUGAAAACACAUGAUAUUAUCUUUGCAUCAAGGCCUCAUCUUCUAGUCACAGAAAUAGCUGCUUAUAAUUCAACGGAUAUAGCUUUUUCCCCUUAUGGUGAUUACUGGAGACAACUCAGAAAGAUUUGUGCUACUGAGCUUUUGAGCACAAGAAGGGUUAAAACUCUUUGGCCUGUAAGAGAGAAAGAGAUCAACUCUCUCUUAAGAAAGAUUUCUUCAAAUGAAGGAACAGAAUUCAAUCUUACUCAAGCAGUUAUUUCAAUGAUGUAUACUUUCACUUCAAUGGCGGCGUUUGGUAAGAAAUAUUCAGAACAAGAAGAAUUCAUAUCAAUUGUAAAACAACUUAUAAAACUUGCUGGAGGGUUCUAUAUCGGUGACUUGUUUCCUUCAGCUAAAUGGAUUCAAAAUUUCUCUGGAAUGAGGCCUAAGCUUGAGAAGUUAAGCCAACAAGUAGACAGGAUAUUAGAACAUAUCAUCGAUGACCAUAAAGAAACAAGAUCAAGAAGAGAUAAACAAGGUCUGCCUGAAGAAGAUGAAGAUCUGAUCGAUAGUCUUUUGAAAUUUCACGACAACGACAGGGAUACGGAUUUUCAUUUAACUUCUGAUAAUGUCAAGGCCAUAAUUUUGGAUAUGUUCACUGGUGGAAGUGACACAGCAGCAUCUCUUAUUAACUGGACAAUGGCUGAGAUGUUGAAGGAUACUAGAGUUUUGAAGAAAGCACAAGCUGAAGUGAGAGAAGUGAUUAAUAAGAGAGGAAAGAUCGAUGAAGCUACGUUUGAAGAAUUCAACUAUUUAAAAGCAGUAAUCAAAGAGUCACUAAGAUUACACCCUUCUGUUCCUCUCCUUCUUCCAAGGGAAAAUAGUCAAGCUGUUGAGAUUAAUGGCUAUGACAUACCUGAAAAAAGUAGGGUCAUAGUUAAUGCUUGGGCCAUUGGAAAGGAUCCAAAUUAUUGGAUUGAGCCAGAUAAGUUUUAUCCUGAAAGGUUUAUUGAUAGUUUGAUUGAGUACAAGGGAAAUAAUUUUGAGUACAUUCCAUUUGGUGCUGGAAAGAGAAUUUGUCCGGGCAUGAAGUAUGGUUUGGCUAAUACUGAGCAGGUUCUUGCACUUUUAUUGUAUCAUUUUGAUUGGAAGCUGCCCAAUGGUAUGAAAAAUGUGGAAUUGGAGAUGGCAGAAGAGUUUGGAAUUAAUAUGUCAAGAAAAGGCGACCUACACUUGAUUCCCAUCACUUCUCAUCAGUUGCUUGUAAUAUAAAAAAUGAGGUUCGUAUAAGUUGUACUACCUUGAAGAGUGAUGAACUCCUAAAACACUCUAUAUUUGAUAAUAGCUUCUUUUUAUGCUACUUGUUGUAUAGAUUUAAAUGUUGUGCUAUUUUCGUGUUAGUCGAUUUUAGUGAUGUUUAGAGUCAACUCAUAUGGUAAUAUCUUAGAAAAUGAAAAUAUCUCAAGAUCAUAUGAAUGUGCUGAGAUGAGAAAAUGGAAAAAGCUUUAAAUUGUUGAAGAAAUGUGAAUGAGACGAAGAAGAAGAAUGUUCAUUCAUUUAUAGGGCUGAUACCAUAUUGAGAGAGUUAGAAUGAACAUAGUGAAAAUGGAGUCUCAUUGGAAAACAAGGAAAAUACAAGCUGAGUUAUAUACAAAAUGGAGUGACUUGCACCAUAAGCUAUCUACACCCUACUACACCAGUAAUUCUUAAAUCAUAACCAACUACAACUAACUAUUUUUAACUAACUUUUGUAACCGUAAAGUGACAAUUGUGGUACUAUAGCGCCAUAGUGGAAUUUAGAGAAACUGCUAUUGUUUUGCAACACACAAUUAAUUGCAAACUGUUGUCAAAUUUUUCGCAAAAGCAGUACUAUAGCAUAGCACUUUAGUGUAGCGGAAUUUAAAGCAGAUAGCGGAAUUUUCCAAUCUGCAAUUAAAACCACUGCUUUCAAAUGGAAAAAAGUGUGUACUGCAGUGUAUACAAUC